CGGCACAUUGUUACAAAACGCGUCUUUUGAUAACUGGCAAAUGUCCAAUAAGAAAUAUUUCGCAAGGAACUAUAAUUAAAGUCGUGGAAGGCCAAGAACCCAUUAUUGAACUUGAACAACAGCAAAGAAAAUUAAUGAAAGGUGCUAUGGCACUAGUACUUAAAAGCAAGAAGGAGGAACCUGUGGACAUUGAAGACGAUAAAGAAUUUAUGUCAUAUUAUGAACCAGAGAUUCCGUUUCAAAAAGUCAAACCACCCAGAGACGUUAGAAGAAAACAACCAAUAAUCACCGAAGAGAACUCCAAACAUGACUAUCCUGAAAUAUUUAAACCAAUCUUUGGCGUGAGGCAUCCAUUAAUAAAAUAUUUUGAAUCAAUACGUCGUAAUAGAAUGGAUCGAUGGAGACAGCGAGCAAUCAUUGUGCAAGGUGUAAGAUAUAUACGAGAAUUAAUUGAAUUAGGGUAUCCGAUACGCUCGAUUGGUGUUACUUCUGCUGCAGAACCUCCUUUCCCAACUACGGAUAAAAUUACUGGCGCUACUAAAUAUGUCUUUGAUCAUUUGUCACAAUUUCCCGCCGAAAAAUAUUACAUUACCGAUCAGGAAAUGACAAGAAAAAUUCUUGGACAAUGGGCAUUAAUGGGACAAUGGGAAGUCUACGCGGAGGUUCCGUUUCCCGAAGUUAAUUAUCCUCGGAGGGUGAGAAAAUUAUUAAUUUUAGAUAAAAUUGAAGAUCCAAUACUAGUAGGGCAGUUAAUUAGAGCGGCCAAAGCAUUAGGCUGGGAUGGUGUAUUCUUAAGCCCGGGCACCCCGGAUGUUUAUGAUGAUCGAGUGAUGCGAGUAUCCCGUUAUAGCUCAGUCACAUUUCCACAUAGGCAUUCCAAUUGGAUAGAUGCCCAUUCAAUUAUGACUGAAAAUGAACUGCCAAUGGUUGUCCUUGAAACUUUACCUAAAAGAUUAAUAGAAUCUAUUAAAUCAUCAUCCAAGAUUACCGGUAAAAAACGAAAUCUAUAUUUCUGGAAUAAAACGCAUGGCUUACUGGAGAAUGAGAUUGCUUUUUCAAGUGAUCGUAUUGCUCUAAUGAUAUCUGGUGACGUUACUCGCCAAUUUCCAGAAGAUCAUAUACGCGUUACAGUUCCAACUGAAAAUUAUAUUUCACUAAAUCCUUCAUUGGCUGGCGUUAUUCUUUUGAAUGAAUUCAAUCGUCUCUUAAAUGAAAAAAAAAACAAUGUAAUUACUAAACCAAUGACGCAAACCUCAAGUGGAAUCAUCUCAUCAGAUAAUAAAUGA